AUGUAUAGUCCUAAACUGGAUGAUAAGAAAAAAAGCAGUUUAAGCACAAUAAAAAAAAAGUAGGCAUAAUUUAUAAUGUUUGUUAUGAUAGUAAGACAAAAUUGCUUAUAGAAUUAAAAUAUACUGUUAAUAUAUAACCUGGUUUAGCAGUAGUGCAUAUAUGUCAAAUCUAUUCAACUGAAUAAAACAGAUAACUUGUUUACAAUAGAUUAAAAUUCAGAGGUUACUAAGAUGAUAGUUGAACUUGGAGGUUAAAAAGUUGAUGGUGUUGUAAAAGAAUUAGAAGAAGCAAAAAAAGUAUAUGAAAAGGGAAUAUAAGAAGGAAAGACAGUGGUAUUAAUCUAAGAGGAUUCAAAAAUAUCAAAUAUCAAAAAGUAAAAAUUGGUCGUUUAAGCCCUGGUAAUUCAUUAACAAUUUAAUUUGAAUGCAUCCAACAAUUAUAAGUAUUUCUAAAUUAAUUUUGGAAAUUAGAAUUGUCUUCUAUGGUAGAUACAAGUUAUCUUUCAGUUAAUAAAUUAAAGAACACGUCGAGAAAUUAUGCUUAAUAAUAUUUUUUGA